CCGGAAGUGUGUGCUCGCGCGAGAAAAACGACUGCUGAUGAUCAGCAGUAGCGCACUACUAUAGUUUAUAAGAGUCGACUCGCUUCUCUAUCAUUUAACACUUAGUCGUAAAAAUACACCACUUUCGCUGCUUUGUUAGGCGACACUGUCGGCUAAAUUCAUCCACGCUGUGACCGUAAUGUGGGAUUAAAAUGGUCAUCAAGGUUUACGUCGCCUCGUCAAGUGGAUCAGUGGCGGUGAAAAAGCACCAGCAGUCGGUGGUAGGGUUCCUUGAGGCCAAUCGAAUUCGCUUCCAGCAAGUAGACAUCACCAUGCUGGAGGAGCAGAGACUCUGGAUGUACCGGCACAUCCCUCGGGACAAGCAGCCGGCCAAGGGCAACCCACUGCCUCCGCAAAUCUUCAAUGAGGAUCGCUACUGUGGGGAUUAUGAAGACUUCUUCCAGUCUAAAGAGAACAACACUGUGUUUGCAUUCCUGGGCAUCCGGCCUGGAUCAUCCGUCACAGUGACAACACAACAACCUCCUGUGACCUCAUACUGUGUACGCCAGCGUGAUGCCAAACAUGGGAUUUUGCCUUCUACAUCCUCCACUGACUUUAAUGUAAAACUGUCUGACCAAAAAAUGGAGGUCUACAUCAGUGAUUUCCUUCCCGAUCCAAUACGGACUAAAAUUCAGGCUGGUAUCGGCAAUACCCAUCCGAUACCUGGUGCAAAUUCACCUAAUGCGUCUGGUAAAUUUGAAAAAACUGUGUAUUUUAUAUCAUAGCAUAAAGAAUACAAGACUUAGAUUUAGUUCGUAUUCAUUAAAUCAUUAAUUUAAACAAUUUCAAAUAUUAUACAAUUAUUAAUUAUUAGGAACUACGACAGGAAUGUAAACUCAAAAUUCACAUACAGCUCUGUUUACAGUCGGUCAUCCUUUCAACAGACAAACAUUACUUCCAAUGACCCAAGUAUCAAACGUAUCGCCAUUUUGAUUGGAGAAUCGAUUUUAGAGUCUGAAUUGCUGGAUUCGGAAGUAUCGAUAUUUCAGCAUCGACCGCACAUUACUAGUUUGCACCAUAUCAUGCAGAGAUUUGUUCCUAGCCUCAUAGCUAAAACAAACAAAAAAAAUACAUAUUUCAAACUUGCAGUUUAGCAACUUGACCACUGGAGGGAUCUACUACACACUCACUUUUUCAUUUAAAAUGCUCCAGUAUGUCCUGUUAUGUCUCGUAGGGUACUAGAUGGUGGUGGGCUAUUUUGUAUGGGGCCACAUUAUAUUGCGCAAGUGUACCUAAUAUUGUGUCUAUUCCGCUUUCCUGCGUGCUGUGCCAUGGUAUGAUAAACAUGAUGGGACUUUUUACACUUGUCAAGUGAAAUGAUCACAUUCUUCUGCCAUCAAUGUUUCCAAGCCAAUAAAAGUUUAUACAUGUACUGGUAGGGGCUCUUCUUUUCUUUGCUUUGUGACGCCCAAUGAAAUGUGAUGAUAACCGUAGAACCAGAAAGGAAUGCGGGAAGCUGCUAAGUGCAAUCGGACCAAAGCGAUAACAGAAAAAGAACACCGCAAAUGAGUAGUUGCUGAGGAAUCUAAAGCACAUCAUUUUAGCAUAGUUGCUGAGGGACUAAAAAAGAACUGAAAAAGAACUCAUGACUAAGGUACACAAAUGUAGAGUAGAAGAACUAAUGAGUAGAGUAGUUACUGAUGAACUAAGGCUCAUUUAGAGUAGUUAUUGAGGAACUGAUAACUAACAAAGAACGACUGACUAAGGCACAUAAAUGUAGAGUAGUUACUGAAGAACUGAUGAGUUGAGUAGUUACUGAGGAACUCUGGCACAUUUAGAGUAGUUAUUGAGGAACUAAUGAACUAACGAAGAACUACUGACUAAGGUACAAAAAUGUAGAAUAGUUAUUGAGGAACUAAUGAGUAGCGUAGUUACUGAGGAACUAAGGCACAUUUAGAGUAGUUAUUGAUGAACUAAUGAGUAGUUACUGAGGAACUAAGGUACAUACAUUAAGAGUAGUUACUGAGGAACUAAUGAAAUAACUAAUGAUGUAAGGCACAUACAUUCAGGGUAGUUACUCAAGAACGAAUGAACUGAUGAGUAACUAAUGA